UUUAACUCGGCUAUCGUUGGAGUUACUCGUGACCACAUGCGUGGCUUGUGUGCGGUCCCCUUAAGCUAACAGUUCAUUGUAAGUGAAAUGUCAUAUUUUAAAGCUUACCGUGAUUCCAGCCACGGGUGAAUCGAUGUGAUCCUUCGAAGCUUAGGCUCGUAUAGAGUUUUUGUGUCUUGCUUUCAAGUUACAUGGUAGCCGAUCUUUGGUGGCACAGCUCUCUUCAAUAAACCAGCAUAUCAUACAUGUGGUUCUGCUCGUUACCCCGGGAUUGCAAGAUAAUCAUCAUAUCUGACAGCAACGAGUCGCGUUUUCUUACAGGCCGGAACUUGAUGCAGGAUCGAUCGAGGUCAAUGAAGAUGUUUGGCCCGGAAACGACGCCGCAUGGAAAUGUAAAGUGUUCGCUGAGGCUGAAGCACACAAGCCUGUACUCGACUAGACUCGAAGUACCUAUAUCCAGGAGAAUGGAGCCAAAAAAUCCGGCCCUCAGCUAUGCAUCCAAAAUCCACUCUACCAAAUAUUAUAAAGGGCGCUGAGUAGUUGAGGCAGACUAUCUUCCCCACCAAACUGAUUUGCCGUACUACUAGAAUCGAUAUCUAUAAUGUGCCUCGGCACAUGCACAGACGGUGCAACACUUUGAACGAUCGGAGACGAAUCGCGUCUAGGGCACACGCGAUUUGUCACUUGAUACGACGAGAGCGCAUGGAAUGAGUAACACCUAGCCUCAUAUGAGCGGUCCGGAUGGGUCACAGCUAGGUAUAUCGUCUAUCGGGUGAAAUUCAGUUACAGCAUAUCUAAGCUAGUACAUAGGUAUGAUAUUCGUGCACCUCAGGCACAGAACAGUGAUCACUGCGUU